AUGUCCGAUCAUGUUCGGAAAGGAGAGCUCGCUCAGCAAUAUGGUGGUCUUCACACCGGCAAAUGGGUCAGCGCUCUGCCGGCCUCGUGGAUCCCCUAUGUUCAGCUGACCCGGCUGAGCCCUCCGGCUGGCGUGUGUCUCGUGCUGUUUCCCCAUCUUUUUGGCCUGUUCCACGCCUUCAUCCUGCGGCCGUCGCCACCACCCGGCGAGAUCCUGCGAGCCGGCGUCUUAUUGACUAUCGGUAGCUUCUUCCUCUCCAAUGCCAUCCAUGGCUGGAACGACCUAAUCGACGCCCCCAUCGACGCUCUCGUCACACGGACCAAAGACCGCCCGAUCGUGAGGGGCGCCGUAUCGAAACGCGGCGCCCUGCUGUUCACCUUGUCACAGGUGCUGUUGGCAGCUGUCGUGUUGCUCGCUCUCCCUAGAGUCGUCGCCGUCGCUGCCGCCCCGAGCAUCGUCGCCAACUUUUACUACCCCUGGUCCAAGCUACACACUCACGCGGCGCAAUUGGUGCUGGGUAUCAGUCUUGGCUGGGGAGUCAACGUAGGGACGGCAGCAAUGGGUGUUGUGCCCUGA